CGAGUUCCACCCUCUUGAUGAAUGUGUGAGUUUUUUGUCAGUAUGUAUGUGUUCAUAGUAGCCUAUUCAUUACGGCUCUCGGGAGAACGUUUGUGUUCCUCAGCAGCCCUUCCUGUUAGGUCGCUAAAUUCUAAAAAAAAAAUAAGAAGACUACAAGUGUCAGAUUGAUGCAAAGAAAAUUUUCCAGAUACAUGAAACUUUAUUUCUCUGCAUAUACGUACGUGUUGGUACGAUAUUAGUUAUAUCACCAUGUGUUUUUCUGACCGUCUGGUACUUGGCUGACUCAGAGAAUCACAAGGUUGUUACACAGUCUUGCCUCCAACAAAUUCCCCACUGCAUGUUUGGCCAGGGACUUCAUUAAGGCAAAACCGAAAAGCUAGUUCACAUAGGUGCAUCGAUGGAUAGCAGUACUCAUAUAAUUCAUCAGUGAGACAAGAGACUUCAUCAUUAAAACCUUCAUACCCGGCUCUCUUCUUUUGAAGACCUACAAGGAAGUGCACCGACACCCCCACUAGCAACAAAUUACAGAGUUCAUUUAACACCAGUGGAUUAUUGAAUUCAUUCAGAACUGGAGAGGGCCCUGUCUAAAUCCUACAGAUGUCCCUUUCUGUUGUCACUGAACAGCUUCGUUUUUUCUGCCUUGUGGAUUUAUUUUUCACCAUCACAUGUGGAUUCUCAAAUCAUCACUUCUGCACGCAAUCAACGCCAGUAUGGAUGAAAGGCUGAAAUACACAGGCUGACGGAGAAAGAAGUUUGAGUCUACCUUUCAAGCGCCACCUCUGCUUUCCGUCUUACCUCAAGUGGAUUUAUGGCCGAGAUAUCCAGGUGCUGAAAUGGAUGGAAGGACUGACGACUGUCUAAAACCUGUAGCUGUAAUUGUUACGUUUUGGACAUCUUUCUACCACCAUUUUAUGUUGGAAUGAUCCAAGUUUUCCUGUAAGGCAUGGAGAAGAGACAUGACAAGUUUUUUGUGGUUUACCUCUGAAAUCAUGGCGAUAUCCAUUACAUGAUAAAACAACAGAUGUUGUUUCAUAAUACUUCUUAAAUUUUUGCUGCUCACUUGUAAUCCUUUUUUUUGUGUAACAUUUUUUACAGAAUUAUACAAUUUUUUGUGUGUGUGUGUGUGUGUGUGUACUACAGACCAUGAUGUAGGCCUGUUCGGCCAGAAGGAAGGUUAGGGAGACUUUGAAGACUGAGAUAACUCAAAAUCAUCACAAAUAGUGGGGAAGGAAGAUUUUCAAUAUAGUGGCUAGGCAAUGUCAGCAGAUCACGGUGAGCUGCUGGCUGAGAUGGCAACGGUCGGGCGUCUAAGUGCCACAGAGCGCCUGAAGCACGCGCAGAAGCGCCGCGCUCAACAGCUGAAGGACUGGGCCCAGAUGGAAAAGGAUGCAGCACGAGGUUCCAGGGCCAAAGCAGACAAGAAAAAGACUCGCAGAACCAAAGUGACGUUCCCCAACUCCAUCACCCUUCUGGAUGCAGCUGGCCGCAACGACGUGCAGGAGGUGAGAGAGUUGCUUAACAGCGGUGUGAGUCCAGAUCUUGUCAACGAGGACGGGCUGACAGCCCUACAUCAGUGCUGCAUAGAUGAUUUUGUGGAGAUCGUGCAGUGCCUUCUAGAUGCUGGUGCCUGCGUGAAUGCCUGCGAUAGUGAGCUGUGGACACCACUGCAUGCUGCUGCCACCUGUGGCCACACUGGACUAGUGCAGCUUCUCAUUCAAGCUGGAGCCGACCUGCUGGCUGUCAAUGCAGACGGCAACAUGCCUUAUGACCUCUGUGAGGACGAAGCCACGCUCGAGAUGAUAGAGACGGUUAUGGCUGAACAGGGGAUUACCCAGGCCCGCAUAGAUGAUUGCAGAGGAGCCAAACAGAAGGGCAUGCUCGCUGAUAUUCAGGCACUGAUUCAGAGCGGAGCAGAAUUAAACUCACAAGACGAUAAUGGGGCAACACUGCUCCAUAUUGCAUCUGCCAACGGUUACAUGUCUGCAGCAGAGCUGCUAUUAGAAAACAAGGCUGAGUUGGAGGUAAAGGACUCUGAUGGGUGGACUCCGUUACAUGCUGCCUCCUGCUGGGGACAGAUCCAAAUUGUGGAACUGCUAGUGGCCCACGGAGCCAGCCUGAAUGCAAAAUCUGUUCUCGAGGAGACACCUCUGGAUGUGUGCAUGGACGAAGAGGUCAGAGCCAAACUGCUGGACUUGAAGCACAAACACGAUGCCAUCAUGAAAAGUCAGGACAGGCAGAAGGGCACCCUGCAGAGACGAGCGUCCAGCACUGGAAGCAGGGGGAAAGUGGUGCGGCGCGUCAGUGUGAAUGAGCGCUCCAGUUUGUACCGGCGAGAGCACCACAAAGAGGCCAUGGUGUGGCAGGAGCGCAACCAGCAGCCUGAGCCACAGGACGAGGAUGAAGACAGACAGACUGACAAUGAGAUGCACCGGCAUGCCUCCAUGGUGGCCGCCGGCGCAGCGACAUCACGUUUAGAGGAACUACAGACUGCAGACAGAAAAAUUUCAUCCGGCUUAGAAAAUGGAGAGACUUCGGUUUCUCUGUCGUCCUCCGUACCGGGAGAGCUGUGGAGUGGCGGGGGUCUGAUGGACCGCAGCGCCUCCUACCAGCUCAGCUCUGCAUCUGGAGCCGGGUAUCUGGAGGGGGGCUCAUCAGACAGUAUGACUCGGGAGAAGUCGCACCACACCCUGGCUGACUUGAAGCGGCAGCGGGCCGCUGCUAAGCUCAACAAGUAUCCGGCUCCUCCCCCUCCCCUGCCCCCUGCGGUGGAGGAAGAGCCUGCAGUGGCAGACGCAGAGGGGAGCAGCACUCAGCCAGAGCUCCAGGGGAGCUCCACCGCAGAGCUAGCCGUCUCCCCCGGCCACGUGUUCUUCACCCCGGCCAGUGGAGAUCCUCCACUACUGAAACUUCGAGCCCCGGAGGAGGAGCAGUCCAACAAUAAGGAGCCUUGCUGUGGCCUCAUGUAGACAGCUUCACACACUCACACAUGCUGCCUGCAGGGGGCCCAAACUGAACAAAUGAGGCUUUAAGUUAUCAAAACAGACGCAUUUCAAAUAAAAUCAGAUUAAAGCUGCAGGCUGAUGAUUGUUGGAGCUACACUGCAGUUCAAGUGCAAUCUAUAUGCUGUUUCCUCUUUCCUCCUCCUAUGUAGUGCUCAUCUGAAUAUUGGGAUCAGGAGGACAACAGUUUCCACUUUUGUAAAGUUUUUUUUUUUUUUUUUCAAUGAUCUCCACUUCCUGGUCUUUUUUCACCUCUUUUCAGUGACUGCAGUGAAAGUCUUGGAAUCAUAUAAAGUUAUCCACGCACAGAACAACAAAGAUUUAUUUACAGCUGAUUUAUUUCCAUGAGAGAUUUUUUUUCAUUUACCUUUUUUUUGUUAAAUGACUGCUCUGAAUGGUACAUCCACAUAUACAUAAAGUAAAAAGGUUUUUGGUUGGAGGACUGGUGAUGAUGACAUCAGCUUUUCUGAAUUUACAAAACAGACUGCUUCAAUGUAUUUUUAUAGAUUGCAAAUAUAUUGAUCUGUUUUUUUCAUUUCACUGGAUAAAAUGGCAACAUUUCAAUAUUUUUGAUAGUGCAAUUUGUAAACAGUUUGUCUUUAAUGAUGAAUAUUGAAAUCAGUGGAAAAAUUAAGAAUAACACAUUUGUAGUUUUCUGUCAGUAUUUCUAUUUUUCUAUCUUCAAAAUUUCGAUCAUAUAUUUAUUCUAUCUUACACUGAAAGAUUCAACUCGUGCAAUUUUUUUAAAGAUAUGUUAAAAAAAAAAAAAAAAGUUGAUGCAAAAUAUUUUUGUAUUAGCCGAAUUAUGAAAACACGGUAUUUAAUUUUCUGUCAAAUCAAAAACACUUGCUGUAUGAUUGUUUAUCAUAGGUCGGUGCCUUUGUUCGGUGGCUUAUUUAAUAUUGGUUUGCGGCGCUUGCACACAUUUCCCACAUAAAUUUGGUGGUUGUGGGAUCAAAUUAUCUUGACAUGGACUUGAUGUACUGUAAAUGCACUCCUAUGACUGUACUCCAUUUCAGUUUUGUUAGUGAUUUUUACUGAUCGCUGUCAAGAAAAAAAAUAUAAAAGCAUUUUCACAAAUGAUUUGUGUAUUGUUUAUAAUGUAUCUGCAUAUUCUAACUGCUAAUGCCUGUUGUGUGAGGAGGAGGAAUCAGAUGACAGGUUUAAUGAAGUCUCCAUGGAGCAGCAGGUCGGGGGUGGAGGGCAGCGGUGGGUUGCUCUAUAUGUGCGCAUAGGGGCGCCAGAGCCAUGAG